AUGGAGAGUCAUGGCGCCAGAUCGCUUGCAUUUCUGGCGCAGAAAGCUUGCAUCAAGUCUUUGAAGCGCAUCGAUGACAUCGGCGAUUGUCCCUAUGAACUCAUUCGGCCAGUGCUACUGAAAUUGGAGAACCCAGACCAAUUGCAUCAACUCGAGAUCAACUGUCCGCAUCUUGUCGGCCGUGUCGACGAAAUCUGGCUGCAACUCAUUAAGCGCGAUAUUCCGGAUUGGCAGAGCAAGCCGCAUCGACCAAAGGACCCGAAGAACUGGUGGAAGGUGUACAAGAAGCUCAAAGAGCAAACUGAAAAAGAUAGAGAGCAAGGUGCCGAGAAAUUGAAGGCGGCCUUGGACAUUAUCAACGAUGAGCGGGAACAAAACCUGGCCAAAGUGCUGUCUCGCAAGGAACUUCCCAAAGAGCCGAUUAAUUACAAGGCCAAAACCUUAUACAACUACAACAGUGGCAAGACUGGAAGUAAGUCGGGACACAAACUGACAUUACUGGAAAAGAUUAGAAAGGAGGCCCGAAACGCGCGACUUGCACGUAUGAACCAGCCAGUUCCCCGGAUAGCCAACAAGGCUACUGAGGUCAAGCAAGCACCUCGAGGCUUCGUUGAGGACCAAAAGCUCUUGGCUCGGCAAAAGACCUCAGCACCGGUGGCAAUAAGACAGCCAACGGUUCCACGGGUUGCCAAACCUCCUAUUGCUAUCGUGAGGCAGGAGAAACCAGCCUCUGACAAGGCAUUUUUAGAAAGAGAAGAACGGUUGAGGGCGCUAACAGAAGGGAGACGAAACAAAGCGAUUACUAUCUCCGAAACAAGCAGCCCAAAGACAGAUGCAAUUUCGAAGGGAUCUACCGCCUCACAAGCCUUGUCCAGACCACAGCGACCUCUUCCGCAGAGUGAUGGAGCCGACGACGAAGAUAUGGGUGGCACGCAAGCUUCAAGUCCAAUCACCAGGAGAAGAAACCAGAACGUGAGUGCAUCAAGGAGCACACCGAAACAUCAUACAGGUACACCGCCAUCAACCCGGUUUGCGAGUCCACCACCGCCACCCAAGCGAAAAGCGGAACCCUCAAUCUUCAUGAGCUUGAAGAAACCAAAAGCUACCUGA